UCUACAGUUUUGACGUGACAGGACUGUGUGAUGUCUGGAGUGGUGGCCCAGUGUCACUACAGCUUUGGUCUGCGGACUGGCGUGGCAAAUAACCUGUGCUACUUUGAUGAGCAGACUGUCAUCUUCCCAUCUGGGAACAACUGUGUUGGUUACAACAUCGAUCAGAAAUGGCAGAGGUUCAUCCCAGGUUUGGAGAGGAGUCAGGGGAUGUACGCCCUGGCCAUCAGCUCAAACCGCCGCUACCUGGCAGUGUUGGAGCAUGGCAAGAGGGCCACCAUCACCGUGUAUGACCUGCAGCACGAGCAGAGCCGGAAGAGGAAGGUGCUGAGCGGAGGGGACAUCCCUGUCCAUGAGUUUGUCUCAAUGGCGUUCUCCACGGACUCCAAGUACUUCAUCGGCCAAUCAGGGGCGCCGGACUACAUCCUCUUCUAUUGGAUGUGGGAGAAGCAGAAGAUCAUCGCCAUGGUGAAGACCACUGUGGCCGCUAACCCAGUCAACCAGGUCAGUUUGAACCCAUAUGACAACACCCAGAUCUGUGUGAGUGGGAAUGGGGUCUUCAAGCUGUUCCGCUAUGCAGAGGGGGCUCUGAAGCAGUCCACCUUCCAGAAGCUGGAGACCCAUAACUUGUUGUCCCAUGCCUGGGUGUCUGAGGACAGGGUGAUAGCCGGGACAGAGGCAGGCAGGCUGAUGGUGUUUGAGUCUGGAGACCUGCGAUGGGAUAUGUGUGUGUCCACCAAGACCACCAUGUCACCAUGUCACAAGAACUCCAAACAGAUGUCACCAACACAUUGUAAGAAUGACCAUGUUGUACAGUUUUCAAUUUAAAAACAUACUUUUUACAGUGCAAAGGGAAAUGAUGAAGAGUCCCUUUCUCAGUUUCCUCGGGUUACAGUCAUCACAGCGUACUCCAAAGGCUUUGCCUACUCGGCCGGUCCUGGGACUGUGUGUCUGUUUGAGAGAACCGACGAUAAGGACAACUACAGGAAGACCAGGAAGAUAAGGAUCCCUCCAGACCAGUGCAGCCACGAGCCCAGCCAGGCAGAGCAGCAGCAGAUUGUCUCUCUGGUCAUCAGUCCAUCAGAGGAGACUGUAGUGACCAGUACAGACUGGGGUCAGCUCUACAUUAUCACCCUGUCCUCUGCUGAGAUGAGCAAGGGGGAGCAGGCUCAGUUUGAGUUCCUGUCCUAUUCCUUCCACUCCUUGUCUAUCACUGGUCUGUCCAUAUGUAUCCGUAAGCCCUUCAUCGCUACCUGUUCCCUGGACCAGUCCGUACUCAUCUGGAACUUCGAGACCAACACCCUGGAGCUGUAUAAGGAGUUCCAGGAGGAGGCGUUCAGCAUUGCCCUGCACCCCUCUGGCCUGUUUGUCCUGGUGGGAUUCUCUGACAAGCUGAGGCUCAUGAACCUGCUCAUAGACGACGUCAGGACCUUCAAGGAGUUCAAUGUCCGAUGCUGUAGAGAGUGUGCCUUCAGUCACGGAGGACACCUGUUUUCUGCAGUGAAUGGAAAUGUAAUUCAUAUCUACUCCAGCACCACCUUGGAGAACGUCCUCAACCUCAAGGGACACAAUGGGAAGGUGCACUCCAUAGUCUGGAGUGGUGACGAGAGCAGGCUGGUGUCAUGCGGGAUGGAGGGGGCUGUGUACGAGUGGAACACCCUGACCGGCAAGCAGAAGUCGGAGAGCGUCCUCAAGUCCUGCAGCUACACCGGUGUCACCGUCUCCCCCGACGCCGUGGGGACAGACUGUACCCUGAAAGAGAUCCAGGACUGUCAAAUCCUGCGUGAGGUGCCUGCUGAAGACGUGGCAUACACCACCAUCACCAUGUCCCGGUCCGGACGCACGCUCUUCACCGGGACCUCAAUCGGGACCAUCAGGGACAUCAAGUACCCCCUGUCUACCCAGAAGGACUGGAUCGAGUAUCAGGCCCACUCUUCACCUGUCACCAAAAUGGUGAUCACAUUUGAUGACUAGUACCCGCUGACGGUGUCUGAGGACUGCUGCCUGCUCAUCUGGAAGAUCAUAGACAAGGAGGGCCGCGGCCUGAAGAGAGACAAGAACAUCACCUACGCUGAGGAGAUCCUCAUCACCAAGUCAGACCUGGAGGAGAAGAUCCAGGUUAUGCUGGAGCUGAAGAUGCGUGUGGAGGAGCUGAAGAUGGAGAAUGAGUACCAGCUCCGUCUGAAGGACAUGAACUACAACGAGGACAUCAAAGAGAUGUCGGCUAAGUUUGUCGAGCAGAUAGAGUCGCUCAAGACCAGGAGACAGAUCUUGAAGACGGAACGAGGCAAGAUGGAGUCAGCCAAUCAGGAAGCCAUGUUCGAGGUGAUGGAGAAACACUCCAAAGAGCUGCAGGAUCUGGAGUCAGUCAACAGUCAGAAGCUGAUGCUGGAGUAUGAGAAGUACCAGGAGCUGCAGCUCAAGUCUCAGCAGAUGCAGCAGGACUACGAGGAACAGCUGCAGCGGAUGGAAGAGAGCAAAGCUGCUGCCCUGGAGGAUCUCACCCUCCACUAUGAGGGGAAGCUGCAUGAGAAGCUGCUGGUGUUGGAGCAGGUAGGAGAUAUAACGUCAAAGGGCUUGUUAGGGGCUGUUUUUAGGAGGUGUGAGACGCGGGGAAACGCAGGGGCAACGCAGGGACAACGCAGGGGCAACGCAGGGACAACUCAGGGGCAACGCAGGGACAACUCAGGGGCAACGCAGGGACAAAGCAGGGGCAACGCAGGGGUAACGCAGGGGCAACGCAGGGACAACGCAGGGACAACUCAGGGACAACGCAGGGGCAACGCAGGGACAACGCAGGGGCAACGCAGGGACAACGCAGGGACAAAGCAGGGGCAACGCAGGGCAACUCGGGGGCAACUCGGGGGCAACGCAGGGACAACGCAGGGGCAACGCAGGGGCAACGCAGGGACAACUCAGGGGCAACGCAGGGACAACGCAGGGACAACGCAGGGACAACGCAGAGCAAAGCAGGGGCAACGCAGGGACAAUGCAGGGACAACACAGGGGCAACGCAGGGGCAACGCAGAGCAAAGCAGGGGCAACGCAGGGACAACGCAGGGACAACGCAGGGACAACGCAGGGUUCAGCAGCCUGCAGAAGAAUAUGGACGACAGGAGCAUGGAGAAAGAGAAGAUGAAGACAGAGCAACAGAAGCUACUGGCACAUCAGAAGUGUCUGGAGAGAGACAUCCUGGCCCUGAAGAAAGAGAUCCAAGAAAGGGAUGACACCAUCCAGGAUAAGGAGAAAUGCAUAUAUGACCUGAAAAAGAAGAACCAGGAGCUGGGGAAAUUUAAGUUUGUUCUGGACUACAAGAUCAAAGAACUGAAGAAACAGAUUGAGCCCAGAGAGAAGGACAUCAAGGAGAUGAAAGAGCCCAUGAGGUAUAACAUCCUCCUCCUGUAUCAGUUCUUUAACUGGUUAACUAUGGAGCAGGAGCUGGAUACCUUCCACAAGAAGAACGCUCAACAGGAACUGGACAUCGCUGAGCAGAAGCUCAAACUCACCACCACCGACAAGGAGAUGCACAAGGGACUGCAGAAGGUGAGGGAUGUGGAGGCCCUGGUACGUUGGUUCAAGACGGACCUCCACAACUGUGUGGGAUUCACCCUGGAGCCUAAGAGGUUAAAGGACAGCAUCACAGACCUUUAUGACCGCUAUGUACAGAAGAGUGAUGUGGUGGAUAUAGUUGGUGUGGACGCAGAAGUCCAGAGGGGGUACGCCCGGCACAGAGAGCACCUGGAGAGGAACGUGGCGUCCCUGAAGAGGAAACUGGCCAAAGACGGCGUGGUCCACCAUGCAGACAACGUCAAGAUCAUGCAGGAGAAUGCAACUCUGAUCAGAGAGAUCAACGACCUGAGAAAGGAUUUGCGUCUGGUGCGUUACCCGGUCCACGACUACAAGAGUCUGAUGAGAAAACAGGGCAAGAAGCAGACCAACACUCUCAAAGCGCUGCUGUCUCCCAGGGCCAACCCCAGUAACAUGGUGGUCCGUCUGAACCAGGAGGGGGACCGUAUCGUUCAGCUGCAGCGCCUGGAGAUUCACAGGCUCAGGGAGGAGAUCCAGCCCCGUGAGGAUCAGGUUCUAUCUGGAACCCAGCCCCGUGAGGAUCAGGUUCUAUCUGGAACCCAGCCCGUGAGGAUCAGGUUCUAUCUGGAACCCAGCCCCGUGAGGAUCAGGUUCUAUCUGGAACCCAGCCCCGUGAGUAUCAGGUUCUAUCUGGAACCCAGCCCCGUGAGGAUCAUGUUCUAUCUGGAACCCAGCCCCGUGAGGAUCAGGUUCUAUCUGGAACCCAGCCCCGUGAGGAUCAUGUUCUAUCUGGAACCCAGCCCCGUGAGGAUCAUGUUCUAUCUGGAACCCAGCCCCGUGAGGAUCAUGUUCUAUCUGGAACCCAGCCCCGUGAGGAUCAGGUUCUAUCUGGAACCCAGCCCCGUGAGGAUCAUGUUCUAUCUGGAACCCAGCCCCGUGAGGAUCAUGUUCUAUCUGGAACCCAGCCCCUUGAGGAUCAGGUUCUAUCUGGAACCCAGCCCCUUGAGGAUCAUGUUCUAUCUGGAACCCAGCCCCGUGAGGAUCAGGUUCUAUCUGGAACCCAGCCCCUUGAGAAUCAGGUUCUAUCUGGAAUCCAGGCUCCUGUUUCUCACAGAGCAGGGAUGUUUGAAUAUGUUGAAGGCCGCCUCCGAACCCAUACAAUAA